GUGAAGAUGGCUAUUGACUCAUACAUUCAGAUGAAACUCUACACGUUGACAAAACGGCAGUUCUUGUUCCUAUUUUUGUCCUUCUUUGUAUUCUUCAUUGUCUCAAUUUUCGUUGGUUGGCUUGGGCCGUCUGUAAUAAACGUAAUAUCAGUGGACAAAGGUAUUGAAACAACAGAUAACAAGAUAAGCAUGCUCAGCCCAGAUGUAACCCCAUCUGAACAACAAUUGUGGUUGCAGAUAGAAACUAUCUUUAAUGGCGAUCGCGUCAAAGGUCCAACGUUUGAGAAAAUCAGCUAUCUUACUGUUCCAAUGAAAGUCAAAGUAUUUUCUUAUGAAAAUGGUACAAAGGGGUUUCUGAACGACGGUGCUGAAGCACACAACAGAACAUUGAAGUGUUUCGAAACAAAGUGUUCUCCUGUAACGGUUUUACACAUAGGAAAUAUCAAGUUUCCUCAGUAUUAUGUCGAGAUAGAGAUGUCACAAGCACUAGUGAAUGGGUCAUCUUUCAAACCAGUUUGGACGACUUAUAAUUCACACUUUACUGAGUUUGAGCUUUGGUUCCGGUUCAUUUUCCUUCUCCUAGCUUUUGGCUCUUCUGUUGCUCUCUGCCAAAGUCUGAGGAAAUACUCAGUCGAGGAAUGGAGCAUUGAACAGAAAUGGAUAAUGGUGUUACUGACAGCACUUCUACUUUACAACAACCCCCUUUUCCCCCUCAUUCUCCUCGUCCACUCCCCUCUUGUUAACGUUAUUGAUGACUGCUUUACCGUCACCUUCUUUUGUACUCUCCUAAUGUUUUGGCUCUGUGUAUAUCACGGAAUCAGAAAAACAGAGAGGCAUUUCUUCUCAUUUUAUCUCGUCAAGAUGGUGUUGGUUGGGUUGAUGUGGGUGAUUGGCUGUGUUAUAUUGAGUUGGAGUGCUUUGUAUGAGUCGAUUGAUCCAACCUACUCUUUGGCUCAGGAUCAGGUUGGAUUUCUCAGUAUAAAGAUACUAUUUUUUGUGUUGCUUGGAAUCUACACCCUAUACCUUCUCUACCUCCUAGUCAGAGCAUAUUCAGAGUUACAUAGCAUGCCUUACUUUGACAUCAGGCUGAGAUUCCUCACCGCUCUUACUAUCAUCAUUCUUCUCAUCAGCCUGCUGGCGGUUAUCCUCCGGUUUGGUAACGCCUUCCUGGAGGAUGUCCUCGUUAUGCAGAUUACUCUACGUUGGAAUAACAGUGCCGAGUUUCUGAGCUUCUACUCCCUCUUUAACUCCUACUUGUUUACACUCGCUUUUGUCUACUCACCCAGCAAUACUGCCGUGAGUUUCAAAGAUCAAACCUCGGCCUCAUUUGCAAUGUUGUCUGACUCGGAGGACGAGCUACUUUACCGAGGGAAGAAGUUUGUUAAUGGUAGCAGUACUAACUACGACGAGGGAGAGGAGUCCAUGUGAGGAGGAGGUCUUUUAGAAUAUUGAUUUGUUUGUAUCUGUUUGGACUAGUGUUCAGUAAAUGGAUCAGUUUGGACCGGUCUACAACAAGGUGGAUCAGAUUGAACCAGACUGCAGUAAAAUGGAUCGGUUUGGUUUGCAAUAUUAACAUAUUUUAUCAGUUUGGAUCAGCAGUGACGAUGGUUAUUAUUAAACAUUACUGGAAAUGUAUGCCCGCUGGACGGAGGAUUGAUUGAUAAGUUUAUUAGCUAUGUUAUAUAAUAGACUGUUUUGGGUGAAGAUUUAAGUAUUAUAACGUUUUUGAAAAUUGCACUGUAUGUAGGUCACGUUAAUUAAACACAGUUAAAUAUAAUAAUCUUAAACGAUAGAUUUGUGCAAUUUGAAUAUUAUUUGGUAUGUUAAGCUUAUCGGUUGUAGAGAAAAUUAAUGUGUUUAAAUCAGAUUUGUAAAUUCUAACUGCUCGAACUGUUUACUGAUGAGGGAAAGUUUUACGAAAUUUAAGAUCGUGUUUAUUAUUUAACUCCUUUUUUUUCUUUUGACUUAAAUGAUAAAGACUUGCAUAAACUGAGUUUUGAUGACAACUAUUUCAAUAAAUUAAUAAAUAAACUUCGAUAUUAAAUUAAUGGCAAUAUAUUUCUCUUGAAUUUGCAUGUUUCUGUUUUCUCCUUACAAUCUAAAAUUAUUUAAAUUCCAAUUAUCCGGUAACAAAAAUUUCAAUUAUUUUCAAUUUUACCUUAGAUUCUCUGAAAUGUGAUGUGAUUUUAUCUGGUAUUUGAUUAAAUUAUUUGCAUGUCUUUUUUGGAUUGAAUUAUUCGCAUGUUUUUUUGCUGUUCAAAUUUAUUAUAUUUGAUGGUUUCGCUGAAAUUUUGAUAAUUAAAUUUUAAUUAUAUAAGAUGUUAUAAUAAUGUUAUUUUUAAUAUUUUUUGCAACCUCCUCUCAGCUGGUUAUUGAGAUAUCGUUAAACAAAUGCAACCAUUC